GGCGAAAAAAUGAACAAGCGACCCGCAAAACAAAUGAAUAAACAAUCCGCAAAACAAAUGAACAAACGAUUAACGGAAAAAACGAAUGAACGAUCCGCGCAGUAUCCUCUUCAUUUUUUGGCACCUCGCGAAAGUUCCCCAUCCCACUUUGGCGCCCUCAUGCAAUAUAAUGCAACAGUUUGCGGUCCCAUAUAUAUAUAUAUGUAGUUUUUUUUUUUUUUUUACCAUGUUGCGAAGCAAUUUAUUUUUCCCAACAACCACGCAGAAAUAAGCGUGAUGGGUAUAUUUUUUCCCCGUUGAUGAUCUCUCGGAUGAUGGAAAAAAAUGGGAAUUCCCCUCCCCCCAAUUUGCAGUUGUUUUAGGGAGGCGGGGGUGAAGAAGCAACUGCAACAGGGCGAUUUAGGAGAUAUACUUAUUUAGGUAUCCCCAAUCUGCAUAGCUUCCCCCCUCGAGUAGCCCCUUCGUGGCGCAUUUACCUUCACUUACUCCCCCCACCACUACUCCACCCGCUUCACCUGAACCAUGGCCGAACGGAAAGUGCUGAACAAGUACAUCCCCCCGGACUUCGAUCCGGACAAAUUAACGGAAAGCAAAAAAUUGAUGAGAAAAAUCGAAAAGAAAAAAAACAAGAGCAAUAAGUAUAACAAGAAGAAGAAGCAUUUUUUAAACAUCAGAAUGAUGUACCCCUUCACACUGAAAUGCAACAAAUGCAAAAGCUUCACAUACGUUGGAACGAAAUUCAACUCCAGGGUUGAGAAAUUAAGAGACGAAAGUUACCUGAACAUCCCCAUUUGGCAAUUUUAUGGAAAAUGCUUUGAGUGUAAAAAUGAAAUUAUUUUCAAAACGGAUCCCAAAAAUGGAGACUACAUUUUAAUAGCUGGAGGAAUAAGAACAUACGAUGCACACAAGGAGCAGGAAAUUGCCGAUGAUUAUUAUCGAGAAAAUAAUCUCAUCAAAGAAGAAGAUAAACUGAAGAACAAGGAAAAGGAGUCCUACAAUGCUCUGCUGGAAUUAAAAACAAAUGAACAGUUGGAGGAAUUGAAAAAUAUGAACAGAAGACACAUUGACAAAUUUGACAGCAUCAAUAAGGCGCUGCAUAAAUUGUACGAAAACAGCGAAAUGAAAAAUAAUACAAAUAAUUUUUUCAUGAACAAUUUAGACUCGGAAGAUGAAAAGGCGUUUUUCACUUUGCUUCGCAAAAGUAGGGGGGCUGCGGAUCAGCCUGGGGGCGCGCCAAGAGGGUCGGCCGCGGGCGAGGACGACGUCAUCGUAGAGGAGGUGUUAGAAGAGGAAGACGCGGGGGGGGCGAGCGAAGAGGAGGCAGGCCCACACAGCAGUGACGCUGACAACGAUGACGCACAAAGCGGCCAACCGCACAACAACGAAGCGCAUAACAGCAACUGCGACAAAAGCGCCAGAGAUGAAACACUUCCAAACAGCCCCUUACGUAAAACAAGAGAAUUACGGGGGGGAGCCAAAAAAAGGCAAAUUCAUGGUGACGAAGCGGCAAAAGUAGGCACAGACGGAACGAUUAAGGUGCGGAGAACAAACCAAGCAAAUACUGAUGGCAUGCAAGAAACGGAAGGGCCCAUGCCCAAACCAAGAAGCAGCAUUUUUAAAAGCCGCCUAUCAGCUGUAGGCACCGAACAAAGUGCGAAAAGGAACAAUUUCGAAAAGAGUUACAACUUUGUCAUUAAAAAGAAGGAGGACCUUUCGAGCAUUCUUAAUGAGUACAAUUCGGAUAGCGAUGGCAACUCCGGUGGCGCAAGUAGCUAA